AUGGAGGACGCACGGCUCUGGUGGUCGCUGCUCGCGGCGCUGCUGAUUGCGGCAGUGAACACCACCGGCGGUUACGCCAGAUGCGUGUCAUACAACAAAAUCCAGAGCGUAUGGUUCUACCCUGACAAGAAGGACCUGUGCUCGCUGGCUGAGUGCUACUGCUGGUGUGAUCGACAUGGCUACUUCUUCACCAUCUUCAUUCCGACCCAGGAAACCUCGGACCGAGUGCCCAACAACCAAGGCCAGCUUGUGCAGAAGACAGGCAAGUGCUGGUGUCACAACAACGGUGGGUACGCAUGGCGCUCCAAGCGAACAGCGAUGGCAGAUUGCAAUCAGAAGAAACACGCCAUCAUGGUGAAAAACGGCUUCAGCAAGAACGUCCGAAAAAAGAAUGAGUUUUACAAUUGCGCCGUGGAGCUUCCAGCUGCAGGAGCGCGGUCCACCGCCGUGAAGUCCUCAUUUCCACCCGCCGGCGGUUCAGCGAUCAGCCAGUGCACAGGAGGACAGAAGUGCUACUCCUCGGUACGAGUGCCAAAGCAGAAUAUCAAGAUAGCCGGAGCGAAGUCCAACGCGGAUUGCUAUUGCAAGUGCUACAAGAAGGGCUACUAUUUUGCAGGAUGGGUCGCUGCAUCCAAGCAGUGCAACUGCUUCAACGUCAAGAUCAAGGGCUUGCCGACUGUUCCCUGCAGCGGAGCAAAAUGGACGGUUCAGUUAAAAUCGAGCUUGAAGAAAAGCUCUUGCUGUACGGCAGCCGCUCAGCCAUCCCCGUCCGGCCAGUCGAGGUCGCAGGGAAUGCCAGGAGGCCCGCCGCCGAAGCCAGGCGGGCAAUCAAGGUCGCAGGGAAUGCCAGGAGGCCCGCCGCCGAAGCCCGGCCAGUCGAGGUCGCAGGGAAUGCCAGGAGGCCCGCCGCCGAAGCCCGGAUCAAGGUCGCAGGGAAUGCCAGGAGGCCCGCCGCCGGUGCCCGGCCAGUCGAGGUCGCAGGGAAUGCCAGGAGGCCCGCCGAAGCCCGGCCAGUCGAGGUCGCAGGGAAUGCCAGGAGGCCCGCCGAAGCCCGGUCAGCCCCCGAGCAGUCGGUCGCAGGGCAUGCCCGGCGGACCUCCUCCCGGGCUGCCCGAUGACUUCUCUGAAAAAGCCCCAGAAACUUUCCUGCCACCGUUCGACGAUAACUUUGACUACACCUUCGCCUACCCGCCGGUCGAAGACUUGCCUGCAGACUGGCUGGAUAUAACGUUCGUGGACCUGCCGCCCGAGGACCACAGCUGGCCGCCAUCCAACAUCGACCCUCCGUCAUAUCUCUUCAAUGUUAUUUACAUCGACGUACUGGAACCGCCGCCCGAAUCUGCCGACUGGAUCAUCGUUGACUGGCCCUGGGAUGACGUGCCGAUGAUCAUGGACGACUUCGGCUACCCGCUGGCCGACUUCCUGAUGCCGCUGGAGUUUGGCGAUCCGAGCGACUGGGAGCCAGAGGGCGACAUGAUGAUGGACCCGACCGACUGGGAAUGGCCGUCCGACCCCGCCUGGAUCACGUACCCCGACAUGAACUCGUUCCUGCCCGAGCACCUGACGUCGAUGGGCUUCAUAGAGUACAGCUAGUGGGCUGCUGUCCUGGCCGCGGGGCGUGGAUUUGCGUGCUGGAAGUCCC